AUGCCAAUUUCUUAUAAUAUGAUGAGUUCUGAAGUCAUUGAAAGUGCUGAAGUUAUUGAAAAUAUUGAAGCUAUGGAGAAUGCUGAAGUUAUCGAAAAUAUUGAAGCUACUGAAAAUGCUAAAGAUAUGCAAGAUUCAGAGGAAUUGUAUCAACAAAGUAAAAAAAAUUUUAAAUGGAUGAAAAACAUGGAAAAAAAUUUUAAACAAUUAGAAAAAAUAGUAGAUGAAAUUAAUUCAUACAAACGAAGAAAAACAAUGGCUUGA